AUGACAACUGCAGAAAAUUCUAAUGUUCCAAGGCCUGAAGUUACUGUUGUUGGCACCAAUGAUGAUGAUUUAAACACGCAGGUAUGUGCUACCAAAAACAGUUUCAUAUCUGAUGUUUGGGACCAUUUCACAAAAGAGAAAGGCCCUAACUGUACUAAGUUAAAUUAUAAUGUGAAAUGCAACUAUUGUAGUGCAUCUUAUUCAUGGUCUAGUGGAAAUAGGACAAGUACAUUGAGGAACCACAUAAGUAGAUGCCAACAAUAUCCAUUUAAUGUUAACAAGAAACAAAAACUCAUUUCGUUUCAGUCAACUACUGAAGGAGAAGGUGUUAUGGUUUCUUGGAAAUUUGAUCAGGAGUUGUGUAGACAAGCACUUACUAAAAUGAUUAUCAUUGAUGAAUUACCUUUCAAGUUUGUUGAACGUGAAGGUUUUUGUUAUUUUCUUAGUGUCUUGCAGCCAAAAUUCAAAUUGUUGUCACGUUUUACUGUGGUUAGGGACUGUUUGAAAUUGUAUGCUAUAGAAAAGAAGAGGUUGAAAACCUUAGUGAAUCAACUCAAUCAAAGAAUUUGUUUCACCACUGAUAUAUGGACGUCAAUUCAAAAUCUUUCUUAUAUGUGUCUCACGGCUCAUUUCUUUGAUAAGAAUUGGACCUUACACAAAAGAAUUCUGAAUUUUUGUAUAAUACCUAGUCACAAGGGUAAGGAAAUUGGUCGUGCAGUUGAGACUUGUUUGCUUGAUUGGGGUAUAGACAAAUUGUGUACAUUCACGGUUGAUAAUGCUAGUUCAAAUGAUCUUGCGGUUGCAUAUUUGAAAGAAAAGAAGCUUGCUAGGAAUGUUGGCUCUUUCCUUUUAGGUGGUGAAUGUUUUCAUAUGAGGUGUUGUGCACAUAUAUUGAAUUUGAUUGUGAAAGAUGGUUUGAGUGAUGUAAAUGGUUCAAUAGUUCGAAUUUGUGAGGCUGUGAAGUAUGUUAGGAGUUCUCCACAACGGGGAGAGCGUUUUCAAGCAUGUGUGAAGAGGGAGAAUAUAACAUUUAAGUCACAUUUGUGCCUAGAUGUUUCAACUAGAUGGAAUUCCACAUACCUUAUGUUAGAGGUGGCCGUAAAGUUUCAAAAGGCUUUUAAAAGGUUAGAAGAUGAUGAUAUUCAAUUCCUACCGGAAGUUAAUAAUAAAGCUCCUUCUAGUACUGAUUGGGAAUAUGCUUGA